AUGGCAAGAGCUUCGAUUCUGACGGACUGGUGCGGGCUCGUGCCGAUGUCACUAUCGGACAGCCUGGAACAACUAGUAGUGAAUCCUGUGUUAGACAGAACAGAGCGGUUCGGUAGCGAGAAACAAGCAAUUGCCUCCAUGGUGAAAAGGGAGCCGCAUGGCGAGACAUUAUUCGCAAUAUGCGAUGCUGGUUGGACGGUUUUGGGAUAUGUAAAACUCCCAAGAUCAGUUGGUGCUCAUCUUUAG